GUGUAACUUGUGAGAGAGAGAGAGAGAAGAGGCUUGGGAAAAGCAAAGAAAUUGCCAAAAACACAAAUCAAAUCAACACAUAGUGCAACCUAUUCCCACAUAAAAGUCCUCCCACACCACUUCAUAUAACCUCAUUCAUAUAUGGAGAGCCUUCAAGUUCUCCUCAAAUGUAUAGCCACUCCAUGGAACUAAUCAGUACCAUGAACACAAACAAGAAAUUGUGUUUCAAUGGCUCUAACUUCAUUCAAUGGCUCAAACCUGCAUCACCUUCUCCUUCUCCUUCCUCUUCUUCUUCCACCAUUUCAACCCAACAAGUCAAUGUUGAUAACAUCCCUAGCACCUUGAGUUUCUUCAAGUUUCCAGUCUACCUUCACCAGGCCCAUGAUCAUCAAGAAAAAGAAGACGAUGGACCGAUACGAUGUCUUCCUCUUCUGAAUCAGCUGAGUGAUCAUCAGAUAAGGCCUUUGAAAGAGGAGAGCCAGCAGGAGAUCAGAGAUAGGGAGGAGAAAGUUACUGUGUCUCUUCACAUAGGGUUGCCGAAUACCUCAUCAGCUCAUGACCAUAGUAGUGGAGAUAAUAAGACGGCUUUGGUUAAGGGUUUGGAGUGCUGUAAGGAGGAGAAAGGAGGAGAAGAGGAUAUUGAUGAAGAGGAUGAAUCCAUUAAGAGGAGUAAUUUCAUACAUGGAUGUAACUUUAAUGCUAAGAGUAGAUUUUGGAUCCCUACACCAGCUCAAAUACUUGUUGGACCUAUGCAGUUUGUUUGUUCCAUAUGCAACAAGGCCUUCAAUAGGUACAAUAAUAUGCAGAUGCAUAUGUGGGGGCAUGGAUCUGAAUACAGAAAAGGAGCUGAAUCCCUUAGAGGAACACAGCCAGCAGCAAUGCUUAGGCUCCCAUGCUACUGUUGCGCUCCGAUGUGCAAGAACAACAUUAACCAUCCAAGAGCCAAGCCACUGAAAGAUUUCAGAACCCUGCAGACUCACUACAAGAGAAAGCACGGUUCUAAGCCAUUUGCAUGCAGAAAAUGUGGCAAAGCAUUCGCAGUCAAAGGCGAUUGGAGAACGCAUGAAAAGAACUGUGGCAAGCUCUGGUACUGCACUUGUGGCUCCGAUUUCAAGCACAAGAGAUCACUCAAAGAUCACAUCAGGUCUUUCGGAAAAGGCCAUAAUCCUCAUCCUUCUCUUGAAGGUUUCGAAGAUGAAAAGGAAUGCAUCACCGGUUCUGAAGACGAGACUAAUUAAUCAACUAAUUAAUCUCUCCAACCCCUUUAUAAUUCUGCACUGCAAUUUCAUAUCAAAAUCUAGUUCAUCCAAGCUUGUGCUCUGGAACAAACAAUUCUCGAGCUUUCUGAGGGAAGCACUAUACAGGGAGAGGUUUGCUCCGGAGCAUUUGCUAGAGGAGGUGAGCUCUUAAUUACUUUUUAUUUAAUUUCCCAAGGACAGUUUCUCUAUCAAGUACCAUUCCAAUAAGGUUAGACUACCUUGAGGUCAUGAAGCAGAUGAAUUUUCUUCAAUCUUUUCUAGUAUUUGCAUGCAUGGGAGGAAAUUUCUCAGCUUCAUAGCUAAUUGGUGACCAUGAAUAAAUGGAUUGUAAUGUUCUGUUAGACUGUUUUUAUUAAAUUAUAUAUUGAUCAGUCAAUUUCUUUUUCCAUAA